AUGACCUCACAGCGCAUGCAGAUGGUAGGCAGUGCCCUUGCGCUGGUGGGUUGGGUGGGUGUUCUGCUGUGCUGCAGCAUGCCGAUGUGGCGCGUGGCCACCAUCAUGGGCACAAAUAUUGUCACCUCAAACAUUAUAUGGGAGGGCAUUUGGAUGGCUUGUGUGGGACAAAGCACAGGUCAUAUUCAGUGCAACUCUUACGACUCCAUGAUGACCCUCAGCUCUGAUUUGAAGGCUGCUCAGGUCUUCACAGUGGGAUCCAUUCUGACAGGUGCACUGGGCCUCAUCCUAGCCCUCAUCGGAGGAAAAUGCAGUCGCUUCCUGGACUAUAGAGGUGAGGGAAUGAAAAAUCGAGUUGCCACUGCUGGUGGGGUCCUACUGAUCAGUGCUGGACUGUUAUGUUUUAUUUCUGUCUCUUGGUCUACUGGUGCUGUUGUUCAGAUGUUCCACGACCCACAGAUGACGGCUACCCAGCAUAGAGAUAUUGGCGGCGCUAUCUAUGUUGGUUGGGGUGCUUCCAUCCUGCUGUUGCUGGGUGGAGGUGUACUCUGUGCCACUUCCUGUCCCCUAAAGGCAGAAUAUGAGGGCCCCUCAGUCAAAUACAUGAUUGUACACUCAUCCCAGGCCAGAACUACUGUAGGAUGUUCACAACGAGUGUGGAUCACUGAACCAGCACAAAAUGGAACAUUAUCAGUGAGUUCUCAGAGGAGUGAUAGAGCAUCAGCCAAUCAUCAAAGGGACAGACCUAUCUCUGCAGCAUCUAGGCGGAUCAGCGCAUCAACUACAAAAUCUAAGCUUACCUCAGAAAAGUCCAUGGUAGAGUAUGAGCACAGUCGGGGGCUGUCCACAAAAUCCCAGAUGAUUUACACAGGCUCUGAUCACAGCUCAGCAACUGAGAUAUAUGAGCCAGUUUCAACAAAUAAUGAAAAGACUUAUAUCUAA